AUGAGUUUCACUUUCACGGAUCUGCUGCGUCGAGGCGAUGGCUCGGUGGAUAGAUCGGUGCAACAGUGGAACACAGCGACUCAGUCAAUCUGUAUCGCUGCGAUGACAAUUUUCUUCGGUCUACGGGUAUACACUCGGUUGUUCAUUCUCAAUGGCUUCGGAAGAGAGGACUGGACAUGUCUAGGAGCAUGGAUACUGGGCGUUGGCUACUCUGUCAUCUCGCUCAUCAUGGGUAGCUAUGGUGGUGGUAUGCACAAGUCGGACGUGCCAGAAGAGAAUAUUAUUCCAUUCCAGAAGACCGUCUACGUGACCAUGGUCAUGUAUGGCCCAACUGCCUAUCUAACCAAGCUCUCCCUCCUCUGGAUUAUGACCCGCGUCUUCAAUCCAUACCGCAAAGCCGUCGUCUUCAUAUACAUCUUCCUGGGCGUCAUGUUGGCCUACUACAUUCCCGCCGUUAUCGUCAAGAUCCGCAUCUGCAAACCCAUCUCUACAUUCUGGAACCCUGACAACGGUGGCACCUGUCUGGACCAAACGGCUAUCAUCCUGGCCGAUGCCGUCGUUAGUGUGGUCAGCGAUCUGAUCGUGCUUAUUCUCCCCCUUCCGCUAACGCUCAGUUUGCAAAUGCCCACAAAUCGAAAGAUGCGAGUGAUGGGCAUGCUGGGUGCUGGCGGAUUAGCAGUUGCCUGCAGUAUCGUCCGCCUUGCUUUGAUCGAGAUUAUCGGACAAUCCCCUGAUGUGACCAUGUCUUUCCUUCGGAUCAGUAUGUUCGGAAACGCCGAAAUUGCAAUCGGAGUCAUCUGCGCUUGCCUCCCUGCCCUCACUGCCCUCGUCACGACAAUCCACCGCGAAUACUCCAGCAACAAGACGACAUACCCCUCGCAGUACGAAAUGGGCAAGAGCUACGGCAACAGUCGCACCGAGCGUAGCAGACGCGGCUUAAAUACUCUUGCAGAUGACGAAGACGUCUUGAUGUACAAUGCGCAGGGGAACCCGAAGAUCGAGACGUCGGUCAUGGGCGAUGCCGACAGACAGAGUUCGCCGCAGAGUGAUAUGUUGGGGAUUAUGAAGACGGUCGAUGUGUCUACAUCAGUGACAACGGAUAGGCGAUGA